AUGAACGGCGACUUGAGCCUGUCGCGUUCGCUUGGUGGUCUGCGCAUAGCCAAUCCCGACAGCGACGACGAUCAAGAAACUCCCACGACACAGCAGCCCCAGACGCUCCCGUAUCAGACGCAGACGCAAACGCAAUUGCAUACACCGCCGCCUACCGCUUCGCCUGCCGACUCUCCCAGCAACAACAACACCGCUGCGAGCCCCAACCAGCAACCUCGCUCUACCCCUUCAACACCAGACGACCGACCUACCAUCUCCUCGCACUCGUCGGGCAGCACCAUCACGAACCUUAAUCACUCGCGUGGCUUGUCACAACUAUCCUCUAUACACCCACCCGACCACGACUCGCAUUCCCAAUAUGCUGCCUCGUUCCACUCCAACGCUCCCUCACAUUCCGACUAUGCCUCCAGUCACCUAGCCUCCGCCGACCCCUAUACUUCUACUAGACCGUACCGAGCUGCUUCGAGCGACUCUGAUCAAGUCUACCGCCAACGUGCCGGCUCGUACGAGGCCCAGUUACCUCAAUACCCUCAAAACACCAGCAUCUCUUCCGCACGCAUGUCCAACAUGUACACACAUCAGAACAUUUCGAGCACUUCUGCCCUCUCCCAGGCUUCGUCAUACAGAUACCGUGAUGAUGUUUCUUCUCAGUCUGGCCUGGCUAGGAGUGCUUCACGAGCUGCAGCCGCUGCCAUGGCUGGGCACCCUCCAGUCAGAUCCGCCAGCCGGAGUUACCGCGGUCCCGAUGGCCAGAAUGUCAUGCCACCCAGAAGAAGCUCUAAGCGUGUUGUCUCUGGAUACGGUCCUGGUCCAUCUGGCUCUGUAUAUAGCAUCGAAGGUGGCCCGCUGCCCAGCAGUGAAGAAUGGAAAGAGCGUGGCGCUGCAGUCGCUACUAGACAAGAAGUCGACCAAAACGGAAGACCUGUUUCGAAAAUCGUCAAANAGGGCGUGAACGACUUUCAUUUCGGUCGCACUCUGGGAGAGGGUUCAUACAGUACAGUCCUUGCAGCGACUGAUCGUCAACUCCAUCGUGAGUAUGCUGUCAAGGUCCUCGACAAGCGCCACAUAAUCAAGGAGAAGAAGGUCAAAUACGUCAAUAUCGAGAAGGAUGCUUUGAACCGACUGACGGAACACCCUGGCAUUGUCCGUCUAUAUUAUACAUUUCAGGAUGAGCGCUCACUGUAUUUUGUCCUUGACCUUGCCAACGGCGGUGAGCUACUUGGUCACUUGAAGAAGAUGGGCACUUUCGACGAAGAAUGCACGCGUUUUUAUGGCGCCCAGAUUCUCGACUCAAUAGCGUAUAUGCACUCGAAGGGAAUCAUCCAUCGAGACCUUAAACCGGAGAAUGUUCUACUUGACGAGCAAAUGCACACCAAGAUCACCGACUUUGGAACCGCCAAGAUCCUUGACAUAAAGUCCGCUGGCGGCACUAACGACGGUUCUGGCGCUGGUGAUCCCUUGGACGGCGUUGAACAAGAGAGAGCGGUAUCCUUUGUUGGCACUGCAGAGUACGUCAGUCCAGAGCUCCUGACUGACAAGAAUGCCUGCAAAGCAAGUGACCUCUGGGCCUUCGGCUGCAUUCUGUAUCAGCUGCUCGCUGGUCGCCCACCUUUCAAGGCUGGUAACGAAUAUCAGACGUUCCAAAAGAUUGUCGCUCUGGACUAUCAUUUCCCAGACGGAUUUCCUGGUGUGGCGCGGGACCUUAUAGAAAGACUGCUGGUUCUCGAUCCCUCCAAGCGUUUGCCCAUCGAACACAUCAAAUCACACCCUUUCUUCGAAGGUAUUCAGUGGGGUAAAAAUUUGUGGAAGCAANAAGCACCACGCCUUCGAAGUUACAUGCCUGGACCCUCUCAAUCUCAACCCAUCAGACUCAACGGCGGAGACCCUAUGAGCUCAGCCCCAGCUCCCACCAUCCCAGGUAUUCCGACGGCCCCGAGCUCGCACGCAGCUUCACCGCCAACAGCUCCAUCAGUACAGCAGAUGCCCCGGCCACAACUAAGAGCCAUAACUGAGCUGGCCCCUCCUAGUCAGCUUGACAUCGACUGGUCACCCGUGCUAACCCGUAACAACGAACGUAUCAUCAAGUUGGGCAAUCUGAAUGUGAUUUCUUCUCCAGCUCCGCAUAGUCCCACAUCGAAAGGCAGCGAGGAAGCGUCAAGAAAAUUCUCAAGAUUUUUCGGUGGAGCAACCACUAAGAAACGCCAGAGACUUGUCAUGAUAACUUCCAGUGCGCGAGUCAUCAUAGCUGCUGCUGGAGGUGACGAGAAAAAGGCGAAGCUUGAUAUCAACCUGCUUGCUAAUGGGACAUCUUGGAAAACAAUCCAAGACAACAAGGGCUUAACAGCCUUUUGUAUCGAUACCGUAAGUUCCAUUCUUUCUAUAUGGAUCCCACCCAGACUAAUAGCAAUGCAGCGGGACAAGCAUUUCUCCUUCGAAGAUCCUCGAGCAACCACAUCGGAUCCAGAAGGCUCCAAGUAUUCUACCCAAGAGUGGAUGGAAGCCAUCAGCCGUGCCAAGGAUGUUGCACUGUCGCAAUCCAUUGCUAACUCGUAUUCGGGCGAGUCUCAGUAUGGUGAUCUGGCAUCAACAAUGUCUAGUCCCACCAGUGCAAGUGGUGGUGACGGAGGAGGAGAACAGCAGUCAAUACACUCAGUUCGAAAUACUUUACGCAAAGAGCCGGGAGAUAACGAGAGCGUCAAGAGCAGGAAACCACGUUUCAGCAAAAGACACUCGAAGAGCGGGCUGGCGGCUGUUUUCUAA